CCUGCAGUCGAGCGUGACACUCGUCUGUUUUAGAUUUUGCCGCUGCUGCGCUUUGAGGUUUAGCUUUGCUUAUGCUGUGUACGAUGGCUACCACAGCACAAUUGUUCGAGGAGCCCUUUGAUGCUGAUGAGUACAUUGAAAGACUCGCGUGGCGGACACCUGGAGGGGGUUCCAAAGGAGGAGCAGAAGCCUUUGACCCCAAAAAGUUGCUGGAGGAGUUUGAGAACCACAUAGAAGAGCUGAAGCAGCUCGAUGAGAGAAUCCAGAGGAAGGUAGAGAAACUGGAGCAGCAAUGCCACCGCGAGGCCAAAGAGUUUGCCCACAAGGUCCAGGACCUACAGAGAAGCAACCAGGUUGCCUUCCAACACUUCCAAGAGUUGGAUGAGCAUAUCAGCUAUGUGGCCACUAAGGUUUGUCACCUUGGUGACCAGCUGGAGGGUGUCAACACACCAAGGCAGAGGGCAGUGGAGGCACAGCGGCUGAUGACUUACUUCAACGAGUUUCUGGAUGGUGAACUGCGUAGCGAUGUCUUCAACAACCCUGACAAGAUAAAGGAAGCUGCUGACAUCAUUCAGAAGUUGCAUCUGAUUGCUCAGGAGCUGCCAUUUGACAGGUUUGCUGAUGUCAAGGCCAAGAUAGCAAGUAAGUACCACGACCUGGAGCGGCAGUUAAUUCAGGAAUUCACAGCAGCCCAGCGGAGGGGGGAGAUUGGACGUAUGAGGGAAGUUGCUGCCGUCCUGCUCCAUUUCAAGGGCUAUGCCCAUUGUGUAGAUGUCUACAUUAAGCAGUGCCAAGAGGGUGCGUACAUGCGUAAUGAUGUGUUUGAGGAUACAGCCAUUCUGUGCCAGAGGGUUAAUAAACAGGUGGGAGAGGUCUUCAGCAGCCCAGAAACUGUCAUGGCCAAACUCAUCCAGAGCAUCUUUGAGAACAAACUACAGGCUCAUGUAAAAGAAAAACUGGACGAGACUCGCCACUCUGACGUGGAGCAGUACCUCAAGAACCUCUACGACCUCUACACCAGGACGACAGUGUUAGCUUCCAAGCUUUCUGAGUUCAACCUGGGUUCAGAUAAGCACACCUUCCUGUCCAAACUGAUUAAGAACAUCUUCUCCUGUUACCUGGAAAGUUACAUCGACAUGGAACGUCAGUACUUGCAGAACCGAAGUGCCAUGAUCCUUCAACGUUACUACGACUCAAAGAACCAUCAGAAACGGCCACUGGGAACCGGAAGUAUCCAAGAGCUGAAAGAGAGGAUCAGACAGCGCACUAACCUGCCCCUGGGCCCCAGCAUUGACACACAUGGAGAGACCUUCCUGUCACAGGAAGUAGUGGUCAACCUGCUGCAGGAAACCCGUCACGCCUUCGAAAGGUGCCACAAGCUCUCUGACCCUGCUGACCUCCCCAAGAAUGCCUUCUCAAUCUUUCUGCUGCUGGUGGAGCACCUGUGUGUGGACCACAUCGACUACGCCCUGGAAAUCGGCCUCUCAGCCAUCCCCUCUGCAGACGCCAAAAAUGCCAACCUCUACUUCUUAGAUGUGGUGCAGCAGGCGAACACUAUCUUCCAUCUGUUUGAUAAACAGUUUAAUGAUCACCUCAUGCCCCUUAUCAGCUCUUCGCCCAAGUUGACGGAGUGUUUGCAUAAGAAGAAGGAAGUCAUUGAGCAGAUGGAGGUGAAGCUGGACACUGGAAUUGACAGGACUCUGAACUGUAUGAUUGGUCAGAUGAAGCACAUCUUGGCCACAGAGCAGAGGAAGACUGACUUCAGGCCAGAGGAUGAGAACAAUGUUAUGAUACAGUACACAACGGCCUGUUCCAAAGUGUGUGCCUACGUGGGUAGACAGGUGGAGCGCGUGCGACGGUCCAUGGACGGUAAGAACGUGGACACGGUUCUGACGGAGUUCGGCGUGCGGUUCCACCGACUCAUUCACGAGCACCUGCAGCAGUUCAGCUACAGCUCCAUGGGAGGCAUGCUGGCCAUCUGUGACGUGGCCGAGUACCGCCGCAGGGCCAAAGACUUCCGGGUUCCACUGGUCCUGCAGCUCUUUGACACGCUCCAUGCUCUGUGUAAUCUCCUGGUUGUUGCCCCUGACAACCUUAAGCAGGUGUGCUCUGGAGAGCAACUGACCAACCUUGACCGGAACCUUCUACACGCUUUUGUCCAGCUGAGAGUGGACUAUCGCUCGGCCAGACUGGGUCGUCAUUUCAGCUAAUGACCAUGAGGGCUUGAUAUGCACUGCUGCCAGUCUGUGUGUAGCCUCUCAUCCACACAUCCAGU